AUAGGUAUUCAAAGCUUUAAGUGUUUGGCACGGAAGAAGUAAGUAGUGUGUACACGUGACAUUUUUUAUUGUAAUCAGCUGAUUUUGAAACGGAACUGAAAAUUAUAUAUAUGCAUCCACUUUAGUCACGAGGAAAUGCACAGGUUAUAAAACGAACAAAGUAGUUUCCUACCUGUGUUGGAAAUCAGACCAAAUUAUUUCCAAGCAAGCGACUGCUGCUUUUGGAAUUUCGACCAUAGCGCUUGGAGUGGAAAAUGCCAAUUUAAGAACCGAGGUGGAAGAUUUGAAAACUACCACUUCUUUACCGAGUACCAGUACACCAGACAAAAUGUCCAAAUACAGGCUGCCAACUGCAGUGAGACCCUUGGUGUACGACUUGUUUUUAUAUCCGAAUUUAACUACAGGCCUCUUCACAGGGAAAGUGAAAGUAGAUGUACAAGUACUAUCCAACACCGAUAGAAUAAUCCUUAAUAGUAACUCAUUGACUAUUAACAAGGUUCAAAUCGACUCUGUAGUUGGUUCCUAUUGCUUGGAUCCAACUCACGAAUUACUGACCAUAAGCAAAGCCGAUGAAGCUGGCUUCAAAAUCGGAAAUGCGACUAUCGAAAUCGAUUUCAGUGGCGACAUGAAGAACAGAAUAGUAGGGUUAUACACCAGUAGUUACAAAAGUGCUUCGGGGGAGAACAGACAAAUUGCCACAAGCAAGUUCGAACCAACAUAUGCCAGACAAGCCUACCCAUGUUUUGACGAGCCUAACUUGAAAGCAAAGUAUAAGGUGCAUCUACUCAAACCCAAGGACAGCUCUUACAUUGCUCUCUCCAACUAUCCAGUCAGUAAAACUGAGGACUAUGAUGACAACCACCAACUGGUCUCUUUUGAUGAAACUGUAUCCAUGUCUACAUAUUUAUCCUGUUUUAUCGUUUCGGACUUCACCCACACAGAAACAGCCUUCGAGAAUAACGGAAAAAUGAUACCACUGAAAGUUUACGCCAGUCCUCAGAAUUUGGCGAAAACCACCUAUGCUGGGCAAGUGGGGAAAAAAGUCAUCGAGUUCUACAUCGAUUAUUUCAAGAUUCCAUAUCCUUUGCCAAAGUUGGAUAUGGUAGCAAUUCCGGAUUUCGUUUCUGGAGCGAUGGAACACUGGGGUCUCGUCACGUACAGGGAAACAGCUCUCCUAUACACCAACACAACCCAUUCUACUGCCAACAAGCAGCGAGUUGCAACUGUCGUAGCUCAUGAACUUGCCCACAGCUGGUUUGGAAAUUUGGUAACAAUGGACUGGUGGAAUGACUUAUGGCUGAAUGAAGGAUUUGCAAGUUAUAUUGAAUACAAAGGUGUCAAUGCUGCUGAACCCACUUGGGGAAUGUUGGAUCAAUUCCUCGUCGGAGAUCUUCACACUGUCCUAAAUCUAGAUGCAACGCUCAGUUCACAUCCUAUAGUUCAAACUGUAUUGACACCCGAUCAAAUUUCUGAAAUAUUUGAUACCAUAUCCUAUAAUAAGGGAGCUUCCAUUCUGAGAAUGCUUGAAUCGACGGUCGGAGAAGCCAACUUUCAAGAAGGAGUGAAAAACUAUUUGAACAAGUUCGCUUAUUCGAACGCCGUUACCGAAGACUUCCUAACCGAAAUACAGAACGUAGUGGGUAACAAACUGAAUGUUGCAGAAUUAAUGGAUACGUUCACUGUCCAAAUGGGAUAUCCUAUCCUGACUGCCACUGUAUCAGGAGACAACUACACCUUUACACAGAAGAGGUUCCUUAAGGAUCCCAAAGCAGAAUACAAUGAAUCGGAAACGACUUAUAAGUAUAAGUGGACGGUUCCGGUAACUUAUGUUACCGAUUCAGGCAAAUCUACAGAACUGAGUUUACUGAAGCAUAGUGAUGAGGAAUUAACAAUCACAAAACCGAAAGAAGCAAAAUGGAUCAAAUUCAACCAUGACCAAGUAGGCUAUUACAGAGUGAACUACCCUCUGGCACAAUGGAACGAACUGAUCAGCAACUACCAUUCACUGAAUACAGCCGAUAGAACACAUUUGCUGGAGGAAUCGUUCAGUAUUGCAGAAGCUGAUCAACUGAGCUACGAAAUCCCUCUGAACCUAACGAAAAAUUUGGAAAAGGAAACUGAUUACACCCCUUGGAGUGUGGCGUCCACUAAAUUGAAAGUGAUUCUCAGAUAUCUUCGAGGGUCGGAUUCAAAACAAGAAACUGCAUUUAAGAAAUACAUAGGUAAAAUUUGUACACCGGCCUAUGAAAAUUUCACGUGGAAUGAAGACAAUGAUGACGGCCAUCUUAAAAGGUUGGCGAGAAUUGAGGUACUUGGUUUAGCAUGUGCAGUAGAUCAAGAAAACUGUCUUACAGAAGCCCAGAACCAAUUCAACAACUGGAUACAAUCCAAGGAACCUCUGUCUCAAGAUUUGAGGAGCCUCGUUUACCACUAUGGUAUGAAGAAUGCAAAUGAGUCUGUCUGGGAGAGUUUGCUAGAAAUUUACAAGAGCGAAAGUGAUGCUAGCGAAAAGGUGAAGCUUGUAUAUGGGUUAGCAAGCGUGGAAAAUGUAACACUACUUAAUAGACUGAUUGAACUUGCCAAAGACGAAUCCAUUGUAAGAGGCCAAGAUUUCUUCACUGUACUACAAUAUAUUUCUGCAAAUCCUCAAGGGACUGAACUAGUUUGGACAUGGGUCAGAGAAAACUGGGAAUACUUAGUGGGCAGGUUCACUUUGAAUGACCGAUAUUUGGGUUCUUUAAUUCCUGCCAUAACGGGAAGAUUUGCAUCUGAGGAAAAAAUAAUAGAGAUGAAGGCGUUUUUCGAAAAAUAUCCCAAUGCUGGGGCUGGUAAAGCAAGCCGAGCGAAAGCCUUGGAAACUGUCCAGAAUAACAUCAGAUGGCUGUCUAGAUACAGGACAGUCGUCGAGAACUGGGUAACCACAUACAGUUCCUAAACUUUCCUACUUCAAGUGAAUUUUUCACUUCUUUAUAUUUUAUAUGUUUUUCCCACUUUUAUUUAUUUGUGAAUAAAAGAUUGUUUUUAUG